UGUUAGGCAAACUCAUUUAAUAGCCUUUUCAAUUUUCUUCGAAAGAGACGACGACGUGUGGUGAAUGUCAAGAAACUAUGAAAGAGCACGGCUUUGGUUUUGUAACUCUCAUACCACCAAAACUCACAGCUCCUUUUUCAGUCCGACGGACUUUGCACUGUUUGACUGUGAGAAGAAACGUGCGCCAGUUUCAUUCUCGGAAAGGGUUCUUGAUUACUCUCGUGUCCCAACAGAGUCCUGAGUGCACUUACUUGAAAAUAGGUGGCAUAGAAACGGUCACUGUUCCAGAAAUAAACAACCUGACUGGUACCUUGGUUCUUCCUGGAUCCAAGUCACUUUCUAAUCGAGUAUUGUUGUUGAGUGCUCUUGCUAAAGGAACCACGCUGGUCGAAAAUUUACUUGAGAGUGAAGAUGUAUCUUAUAUGCUUGAAGCACUUAAGCUUCUAGGAGUUAAAGUAGAAUACGAAUCAAAAGAAAAGAAGGCACGGAUAGAAGGUUGUGGAGGUCCUUUUCCAGCUUCGACAGGCGAAUUAUUUCUUGGAAAUGCAGGAACUGCUAUGAGGCCUUUAACAGCAGCACUUUGUCUCGGUGAUGGUGAAUUUGUGCUAGACGGAGUAAAACGAAUGAGAGAGAGACCCAUAGCGGAUUUAGUUCAAGGCCUACAACAACUUGGAGCACAAGUGACUUGUAGCGAUACUGGUUGUCCACCAGUACAUAUAAAGGCAAAGGGCUUAAGGGGAGGAAAAACGAUUGUUAGUGGAAAGAUGAGUUCACAAUUCUUAUCCUCUUUGCUUAUGGCUGCUCCUUAUUCAAAGAAUGAUGUUGUCAUUGAAAUUCAAGAUGAGCUUAUUUCUGUUCCUUAUGUGUCGAUGACUAUCGAACUCAUGAGACGUUUUGGUGUGACCGUUGGAAACGAAGAUUAUCGAGUUUUUCGUAUAGCUGGUAAUCAGUGUUAUUCUUCCCCUGGUUCUUAUUUUGUUGAAGGAGAUGCUUCAUCUGCUUCUUAUUUCCUUGCAGGAGGCGCCAUUACUGGAGGUCCUAUAACAGUAGAGGGUUGUGGAAGUGAUUCUAUUCAAGGAGAUAUUCGAUUCGUUCAUGUCUUAGAAAAGAUGGGAGCAACAGUUAGUUGGACACCUCAUUCUAUUACAGUUUCUCGUGGAAAAGGCAAGGUAUUAGAAGGCAUCGAUGAAGACUGCAUAGAUAUACCAGAUGCUGCAAUGACUCUAGCCGUGGUAGCUCUAUUUGCUGAGGGACAUACUGCACUGAGAAAUAUUUAUUCAUGGAGAGUGAAGGAAACAGAUCGUCUUGCGGCAAUGUCUAAGGAGCUGAUGAAGUUGGGAGCUGCAGUUAUGGAAGGUCAGGAUUAUAUUGUGAUUUAUCCACCAGGAGGUGGAAAAAUUCGUAAGAACGUGACAGUAUCUACUUAUAACGAUCAUCGCAUGGCCAUGUCCUUAUCUUUAGCAGCAUGUGGAGGUUGUCCUAUCACUAUAGAAGAUCCGAAAUGCACAUGGAAGACUUUUCCAAGUUACUUUGAAGAGUUGACACGUUUAAUACGCUGAAUGUUGAAUAAACCUUCAAGCGGCUCUGAGAUACCGAUAAAUUCUUACACACACACACACACACACACAGAGAGAGAGAAAAUACACAAGUGCUCUAAACGAAAUCAGUGAUUCG